AUGGACGAGGCAAAGUACAGCGACAGACUGGCGGACCGACCGGACGACAUCGCCAUUGUCGGAUACGCUUUUAGACUGCCACAGGACGUCGAUGACGACUUCACCUUCUGGGACGUUCUGCAAAAGCGACGCAACUUGAGAACGGACUGGCCGGCAUCCCGCAUCAACGUCGAUGCCUUCAAACUUCAUGGCAAAGGCGGACAUUUCAUCAGUGAGGACGUGGCCGCCUUUGAUGCCCCCUUCUUCUCCCUCACGGCCAAGGAGGCCGCGGCCAUGGACCCGAUGCAGCGCUGGACCCUGGAAACUUCAUAUCAUGCCUUUGAGAACGCUGGGAUGCCGGCAGGGAGCCUCAGAGGCUCUCGCACUGCGGUGUUUUCGGCCUCGAUGUUGGAGGACUAUGCAAGGAUGACGGCUAUGGAUCCCGGCAACACCGAGAGAACGGCCGUGACGGGCAGUACCGUUGCGUCCGUCAUUCCGAACCGUGUCAGCUGGUAUUUUGACCUGCGCGGUCCGAGUAUCCAUGUGAAUACGGCGUGCUCCAGCGCACUGUCUGCCGUAGACAUGGCUUGUAAGAGCUUGCAAGCGGGGGAUUCCUCGUGUGCGCUCGUCACGGGGGCGAACCUGCUUCUCGACCCAGGCGUAUUCCAUGUUUUGUCAAAUGGCGGCUUUCUGUCUCCGGACGGCGUAUGCCAUAGCUUUGACCACCGUGCCAACGGGUACGCCAGGGGCGAGGGAUUCAUCGCUUUGGUGCUGAAACCGAUAGCCGCAGCCGUCAGGGACGGUGACGUGAUUCGCGCCGUCAUCCGGGCUGUUGGCUCUAAUCAAGACGGCAACACGCCCGUGCUCACGCAGCCUAGUGCUCAGGCACAGGAGGACUUGAUCCGGCAUGUCUAUGAGCGAGCUGGUCUGCCGUUUGAUCAGACACGCUACGUCGAAGCCCAUGGGACGGGAACUCGAGUCGGCGAUCCCAUCGAGGUCCGAGCCAUCGGCAGGGUGUUCGGAGACUUCCGCUCAGCGGAAGAGCCCAUGUUUGUCGGGUCCGUGAAAGCAAACGUCGGGCACCUGGAAGGGGCCAGCGCCUUGGCCAGCAUUGUGAAGGCCAUAUUGAUCCUUGAAAAGGGAGUCAUCACUGGGCAGGCGCUCCUCGAGAAGCUCAACCCAGACAUUGACGCUGACAUGUACCACAUCGCCGUCCCCUUGAAAGACACAGUCUGGCCAAGCCCGGGGCUUCGUCGGAUAUCGGUCAACUCAUUCGGAUUUGGAGGCUCCAACUCCCACGCCAUCCUUGACGACGCACUGCACUACAUGCAGGAAAGGGGCCUCCGCGGGCAUCAUUGCACUGUUUCCGGUCCUCUGGUCUCCAACGCGGAUGCGCAGGCGAGCACCUUGGACGGAGAAGCCACUAGGUUACCGAAACUUCUGGUGUGGAGUGCCGCUGACGAGGGGGGACUCAACCGCAUGAUCCGGGCAUACGAGUCCUACUACCAGGACAGAGUUGCCGGUGACCCCAGCCAACUCGACAGACUGGCUUUCACCCUGGCAGCACGACGGAGCCGCAUGCUGUGGAGGGCCUUUUCCAUCGUCAUCAACGACGGCGCAGAGACCAAGAGCCUGCCGCGGCCCAGCGAACCAACCCGGAGUUCGGCUGAGGUUGGCCUGGCAUGGGUCUUCACCGGACAGGGCGCACAGUACGCGCACAUGGGCUAUGCUCUUUGCCGGUAUUCUGUCUUCCGCCAGACGUUGGAGCAGGUCGACGAGAUAUACCGCAGCUUGGGCGCGGAGUGGUCAUUGUUCGACGAGCUGCGGAAUCCGGCGAACAUCGAUAAGCCUGAAUACAGCCAGCCGUUGACGACGGCUGUACAGGUGGCCCUUGUCGAGUUGUUAAGGAGCUUUGGCGUCAUCCCCAAGGGUGUUGUCGGCCACUCCUCUGGGGAAAUUGCGGCCGCUUAUGCCAUUGGCGCAUUAUCUUUGGCGUCGGCCUGCAAAGUUGCCUUCUUCCGCGGACUGCUCGCCGGAAAGUUGCGCGCCGCAAGUGCCUCCACGCCUCAGGCCAUGAUAUCCGUGAAUCUUGCGGAGGACCAGGUCCCAGACUACCUCUCCCAGGUCGAAACGUCCAAGACGAGUGCGGCGUCAUCGGUAUGCGUCGCCUGCAUCAACAGCCCGCUCAACUGCACCUUGUCGGGCCCGGAAGCAGCCAUCGACGCGAUUAAGGCGCAGGCCGACAGGGACGGCAUCUUUGCACAGAAGCUCCGGACCGGGGUUGCUUACCAUUCGCCGUCCAUGCUUGCCAUUGCAGGCGAGUAUCUGACGCUGAUGGGACAUCUCGAGGGGGGUGCGACCUCGAAAGCCUCCGGUGGGAGUAUCACGAUGGUGUCGUCGGUCACUGGCAAGGAGCUCGGGCCGGGCGAAUUGGCCAAGCCACAGUACUGGGUCGGUAAUAUGGUGUCCACGGUCCGCUUCUCCGACGCAGUGCGAACGCUUCUCACCAAAUUCGAGUCAAGCAUCACGGACUUGGUCGAGGUCGGCCCGCACCCAGCACUGCGCCGCCCCGCACGAGACACCAUGGGCAAGGAGCAGCAGAUUCGGUAUGCGGGUGUGUUGGACCGGUCACGCCCCGCGACGGAGACCAUGCUGGAGCUCGUCGGCGGGCUCUUUUCGUUAGGAUACGGCAUAUCCAUCCCCGCAGUCAACCACCACGAGCAGGCCAAGCCGGCUCCUCAGCCUCUCGUCGACUGUCCCCCGUACCCAUUCGACCAUUCUCAUCGCUACUGGGGUGAGUCGCGUCUUAGCCGGGACUUCAGGCUGCGAGGCACGGUUCAGGGCGAGACGCUGGGAGCCCGCGUGUCAGACUGGAACCCGUUGGCGCCAAGGUGGAGGAAUUUCCUCAGCAUUGAGUCCUCGCCAUGGCUGGACCACCAUAAAGUACGUGUAACCGAGAGGCCACAUGUGCUUUGCUGUGAUGUGCGUGCUAACGGACGGAUGCAGAUCAGCGAUACGGUGCUCUACCCGGCCGCCGGGAUGCUGAUCAUGGCCAUCGAGGCGGUGCAACAGCACACGGCUCGCGCCGAACGCACAGUCACCGGUUACCAACUAGAACAGGUUGAGUUCCUCAACCCGAUCAUUGUGCCGGAAGCGUGGGAAGACAGGACAGAGACACAGGUGCACCUGCAGCCGGCGCGGAAGAAGGAGAACAGCUUCGAUGUGUCCAUCUUCUCGUACUCCCCCAGCGGGCAGUGGUCUGAGUGUUUCCAUGCCGGGAUCACAGUGGAGUACCAGGCCGAGCCGGAGGAAGAGCACAAACAGGUCGCAGAUGAAGCCGCACGGACGCGCCAGGCGGAAGCACAGAGAGAUUGCAGGCUGCCCCUCGACUCGGAGGUCUUCUACCACGAUGCGGCGGAGCACGGGCUCCAGUACGGAGACUGGUUCCAGCUGCUGCGUGAGAUCCGCUGGGACGGCCGGAAGACGGCCGUGGCGCAAGUCGAUAUGUCGAGGCAGAGGUAUCGGAGUGAGAGCCUGGUGCAUCCGGCCCUGCUCGACACAGCGUUCCAUGUGCUGCGCGCCAGUGCUGGCCAGCAGCGAGCGGCCAACGUCCCCGUCCGUCUGGAUCAGGCAUGGUUUUCGGCUACGGGCUGGCAGCAUCCCAGCAAUGGAGAACUCAGGUGGCUGGCCACUUCCAAUCGUGCUAGACGGGACAAGCCCGACCAGCUCGGCGAAACUGGCACUCUCCAAGCCCUUGCGGCAAACGGGACCGUCCUAUGCACCAUCAAGACGGCCGUGACGGCGCCCGUGUCCAAGACGACCGCAGCAGCGGAUCAACAAGUCAAGGACAAGAAGCUCCUGCACAACAUGGAAUGGAAGCCACAGCUGAGCCUGCUCUCGCCGCAGCAGCUGGCAGCCGUGUGUCACGCCCACGUGUCCGCGCUGGAUGAGACGGCGAUCGUGAGCCACUACGCCAAGCUGUGCGCCGCUCUGGACCUCGCCGCGGUCCGCAUUCUCAAGCACUUGGACCGCUCGAAGAUACCACAGAACCACCUUCUCCGGCAUGUCGAUUGGAUGGAGCACCACGUGGCCACGCUGCCGGCGGCACGGCGGCAGGAAGGGGAGACGAUCAAUGACGCCGACCUGGAGACACGCCUGCGCGAGGUCGAGGAAGUGCUUCCUGCGUGGAAGCUGUACACGGCCUGCGCGCGGCAGCUGGGGAGCAUCCUGGCGGGAGAGGCAGACCCGCUGCAGGUCGUGUUCGAGUCGGAGCUGGCCAACGUGUUCUACGCCAACCUGUUCCUGAACCUGUGCGCCGACGGCCGGCUUGCCGCAUUCUUGGAACUCGCAUCCCACGAGAACCCGGGCAUGCGCAUCCUCGAAGUCGGCGCCGGCACGGGCGGCAUGACCGGCCACGUCCUGAACGCGCUGCAGGCGCGCGAGGCCCGCACGGGGGCGCCCAGCUUUGCCGAGUACCGGUACACGGACAUAUCGCCCGCGUUCUUUGAGCGGGCACGCAACCGCUGGCCGGAUCUGCACCAACAGGGUCGCAUGACCUUCCAGGCGCUGGACCUGGAUCGGCCGGUCGAGACGCAGGGCCUCGAGGCGGGUGCGUACGAUAUGAUCAUUGCCGCCAGCGUGCUGCACGCCACUCCGUACCUGGAGGCCACCCUGCGCAAUGUGCGCACUGCGCUGAAGCCCGGCGGCCGUCUCGUGCUGGUCGAGGUCAUCAACCCCGCCGACGUGGCCACAAACUUCAUGGCCGGCCUGGUGCCCGGUUGGUGGGUUGCCCGCGAGGAAUGGCGGCCGCACUCUGCCGCCGUCACCGAGCCCAUGUGGGACAAGCUGCUCCGCGCCAACGGCUUCUCCGGGAAUGACGUGCUGCUGCGAGAUUACAAGAGCGAGGAGUGCCAUAUCAUGAGCGUCAUUGUGUCCACGGCGCGCCAGGAGACCAAGGUGCAGCAGAAUGGUGUGUCAGAGCCUAAUAAGCCAAAGCGCCGUGCUGUCCUCGUCGUGGAUGAAACGCCGUCAGAAGAGCAAAUGCAACUGGCGCGCCUUGUGGGCGGCCGGCUCGGACCCGGCUGGGAGACGCCUACAGUUUCCCCUUUCGCCCCUGAGGAACUCUCCCAGACACUCAGUGUCCUAACAGGGGACGACGCUGUAGUCUGUCUCGCCGAGGUGGGCAACAGACCCCUGCUUGCCAAUCUCUCGGAGCAAAGCUUCGCGUGUCUGCAGCAGCUGAUCAAGGGCGCCCCGAGACUGCUGUGGGCGACAGCACCGAGUGCGGCUGAUGAUCCGCUGGCAGCCCACUACGGUGCUGUGCAGGGCUUUCUGCGCACUAUCCGCGCGGAACAGCCGAGCAGCCGGUUGGUGAGUGUCGCGAUCGACGACUGCAGCAAUGACGCCACGUGUGCAGAAUCCAUUGCCCGGGCGUUCCGGACUGCAUUCGAGCCCUCGCCGUUAGGGGUAGAGCCAAAAGAAGUCGAGUAUGUCGUGCGCGACGGUCUGCUGAUGACGGGCCGGGCUGCCGAGUACGUGGCUGGAAACGAGACUCUGCGAUCCACCUUACAGCCGCAGCCCCGGAAGCUUGCGUGGGCAGACGCCCCGGCACUGCAGCUCUCGAUGCACACCUCUGGUAACAACGAGCUCCUGUGGAUUGUGCAGGACCUCACGCAUGACCCUGAGGCGGAGAUUGGCCCUGACGAGGCCGAGAUCGAAGCGAAAGCGUGGAGUCUUAGUCAAGACAUCGUUGAUAACGUAGCCGCGAGCCGGAUCUCGGACGACGAAUAUUCCCAAACAGAGGAGCGGAUGUCGCAAUCUAGCACCGGCUGCGCCGGUAUCAUCACGCGGGUGGGACGCAACGUGGACCAGUCCCUCGUCCGACCAGGCGACCGCGUCUGCAUGCUGCUGCCGCCGGGGGAAGACAUGCGCAAGUACAUGCGCGCCCACCAUCUGGCCGUGACCAAGCUGCCGCCUGCCGGCAACCUCUCGUUUGAAGUAUGCGCAGCCUCGCUGGUCCCGGCCAUGGCCGCGUACCACGCCCUCAUCGACGUCGCACGCUUGAAGCCGGGCAUGAGCGUGCUGGUCCAUCGCGCAGCCGACGCCACGGCACAGAUGGCUGUCCGUAUUGCCAGAGCGCAUGGCGCAAUUCGCGUCUUCGCCACCGCCUCGUCACCCCGGGAAAAGCAGUUUGUGGUCGACACUCUGGGCCUCCCCGCUGAAGACGUCUUGCUCAGCCGCCCGGCAGCAGCCUUCGCAUCCGGAGUUAGAACUGCCACGCACGGAGCAGGCGUUGACGUCGUCUUCAACAACGCCUUCCUCGGUGACGACGCGCUGCUGGCUUCGUGCGAGUGCCUGGCACGGGCCGGGUGCUUCGUGGAGGCUGGCCACGCCAAUCUGGCCUCGGGCGCGGCGCUGCCCAUGUCGGUGUUCGCUAAGAAUAUCACCUUUUCGGCCGCCCACUUGAGCGAGCUGAGUCGUGACUCUGCUGCCGGGCUCGCCGCGAGGGUCAUGGAGCUCUUGGGCGAGAGCAGUAUCCAGCCGCCCCAGCCGCUGCGCGUGUUUGACGUGUCGCAAGCCAACGAGGCCGUCCAGCAUGUCAAGACCACCAAGGCGCUGGGGGAGUGGGUUGUCAUCCGCCCAAGAGAUGAGGACAUGGUUUCGUACUUCGUAAGGGAAGAGAGACACUGGAGAUUUGACGGCCAGGGAUCAUACCUCAUCGCGGGAGGAUCUGGCGGCCUGGGCCGGGCCAUCGUCCGAUGGAUGGCUGACCGCGGAGCCAAGCACAUCAUCAUCGCCUCCAGGUCCGGAGCCACGUCGGAGGCUGCUCGGGGGCUGUUGGCAGAGCUCGGAGCAAGGGAUGUCAACGUGGUGGCAGUGCAGUGUGAUGUCUCCUCCGAAUCAAGCCUCGCAGGCAUGCUCGAGGAGUGCACACGGCGCGGCAUGCCGCCUGUCAGGGGCUGCAUCAACGCGGCCAUGGUCCUCCAGGACGCCGUCUUCCAGGACAGCAUGACCUUUGGCCAGUGGGAUCUCACCAUGCGCAGCAAGGUGCAAAGCUCGUACAAUCUGCAUCGUCUCCUUCCGCACGACCUCGACUUCUUCGUCCUCCUAUCCUCGCUUGCCGGGGUGCUCGGGCAGAUGGGCAGCGCCAACUACGCCGCCGGCUGCGCUUUCCAGGACGCACUGGCACGGCAUCGCCUCGCGCACGGCCAGCGCGCCCUCUCGCUGGACAUCGGGUGGAUGAAGAACAUCGGCAUCGUCGCCGAGACGAGCGUAUAUCAACGCCAGCGCCAGCGGGCCGAGGACAUGCAGCCUAUCGAUGCCGGCGAGCUCCUCGCAGUCCUGACGCUAACCCUGGACCCGGCCAGCCCGCUUCCGAUGCCGAUCCACGGCCAGCCGGGGCAGCUUCUUUUCGGGCUGCGGACGCCCGCAGACCUGCUCGCCCAGGGACGCGCGGUGCCUGCCGUGCUGGAACGCCCGCUGUUCGCCGCCUUCUCCUCCAAGGCGACUGCCGUUGGAGCCGCAUCGCCUUCGUCCUCUGCUGUUGCUUCCAGCGCGCCUGACGACAGUGUGCUCUUCCGCCGGGCGGCAGUCGGUUCGCGCGAGCGCUCCAUGAUCGUACGGCGGGCCUUGGCCAGCAAGCUGGCCCGCGCCAUGUUGAUCGCACCCGAAGAUGUAGAGCCGACCAAGCCAUUGUCGGCGUACGGCGUCGACUCGCUUAUGGCCGUCGAGCUGCGGAAUUGGUUCGCAAAGGACUUCGGCGCCAACGUGGCUGUCUUUGACAUCAUGGGAGGAGUGCCAAUUGCAAAGAUUGCAGAGACGGUUGCUGCGAAGAGCAAUUUGACGUAAGUAGGAGAGACAGGGUCGAAUUAGGGUUACGCGCCAAUUUUAAAUGCCGGCCGGAGUCUGAGCUGGCAGUCACAGCGACGCCAACCUUAGGAACGUGGAAUGUGCAUAGGGAGAAUUUCCAUUAAUAAGUCCAUUCAACAGACUCAAUGUACCUGGUAGUUAAUAAGCAAUAAUAAGCAAUGAGUAAACCAAUUUAUCCACGG